GGCCGGGUGACAUUCCCAGUUUGCAGGAAUCACCCAUUCCAGCCGAGCUGGCUGCAACGCCCUGAGACGUUUUGUUUUCCAGGAUUUCAACCGACUGUUUUAAACGCCGCCGUCGUCAUCGCUGCGCCUCUCCUGCCAGAAGAGGAGGAGGAGGAGGAGGCCAAGAUCGCCGGAGGGCGUGGGAGUGUGAUGACAGGCGCCAUGGACCUGCCGCAGGACUCCAGCCACACCAUGUCCAACCUGAACGCGCGGCUGCGGGGCUUCCUGGAGCAGGUGAACCGGCUGCAGGAGGCCAACCGGCGGCUGGAGGCGCAGAUAGCAGACUGGGGCACGAGGAGCGGCCGGCACUCCCAGGACUGGUCCCUGCAGGAGCAGGCUGUCACCGAGCUCCGAGACCAGGUCGGUAAACUACUGAUGGAAAAUGCUCAACUGGCGUUACAGUCUGACAACAUGAAGUGCAGAGCGGCUGCUAUCCAGGCCAGGUGUGAGACGGAGGAGAGGAACACCAGACGUCUGGAGCAACAAGUGGCUCUGCUCCGGGACACCAAGAGGAAGGUGGAUCAGAGCAGCGAGACUCUGCAGGCCGACUGCCAUCGAUCCAUGAUGGAGCUGCAGGAGAUGCACCAGGAGUUUGAGGCAGCCCGGGCUCUGCAGCUGCAGCGAGCCGGCUCCUGUGAUGUUCUGCUAGUGUCGACCACAGCAGCAGCAGCAGCAGCAGCAGCAUCAGGAGGAGCAGGAGGAGGAGUGCAGGAGGAGGAUGGCACAGGGAUGGAGCUCACCCAGCUCCUUGACCGAAUCCGAGCGCAGUGCGACCAGGGCAGAGUUCCCGGCCCGGCCGAGAGGCACCAACUGGGCCCGCUGUCAAAUCCGGCGUCCGGCUCGGCAGGGCCCGGCCGACUGGGAGGAGGAGGAGCAGGAGCAGCAGGAGGAGCAGGAGGAGGAGCAGCAGCGUCAUGUCGAACACACAGAGGAGUCCUCAGUGAGGAGGAGGCAGCGUGGGCGCAGGUGAGCCUCGGUGGCGCCGCCCUGCGGGAGGCAAGGGCCGAGCUGGCCGAGGCCAGGAAGCAGUGGCACUCCCUGCAGGUGGAGAUAGAGACUCUGCAUGCUCUGGAGAAAGGCCUGGAGACCUCCCUGCAGCACACCCAGCGGAUGUACUCCAGCCAGCUGCAGGAUCUGUCGCAGGUGAUCGCCGGGCUGGAGAGCGAGCUGGAGCAGGUGAGGGGUGGACUGGCCACGCAGCGCCAGCGCCACAGCCAGCUGCUCAACACCAAGAUGAGGCUGGAGAGAGAGAUCGCCACCUACAGACGGCUGCUGGAGCGCGAGGAGGGCCGGUACAUGGGCCGCAGUGGGCAGCCGAUGGGUCUUCGACCCUGGAGGUCUACUGCGGUGGAGCCAAGGGAGAACGGGCUGGACAAUGGCUUCAGCGACCCUGCCGUUACUCCGGAUGAGCCCAAGUCGGAGCCGCUGCCGGAGAUCCCUCCACUGCUCCCUGCGGAGAACGGGCUGAAGAAAAGCAUCCUGUACCGACAGCAGAGCCUCGUCAUCCUCACGGAGCCGGAGCUGGAUAAAGACUUGCCCAUCGCCACUGUGAAGACUCAGGAGAUCCUUCAGGGUAACGUGGUGCGGGAGAGCGCAGAGGGCCACGGCACCAUCGAGACGGAGAACAUCGAUAAGGUGAUCAAGCAGUGGGAGGGAUCCUUCUUCAGAGGGAACCCCAAGCUGCGGAAGAAGUCGGUGUCGCUGCGUUUCGACCUGCACAUGGCGGCGGCGGACGAGGGCUGCGCCCAAACCAAGCAGGACAGCCUCCCGGACGUGGAGGUGCGCCUCAUCAUGAAGAGGUCGCGCAGCAUCCCCACCAUCACCCCGUGACCACCCCUCCCCGAGGUCAACCUCCAGGGACCGACCGGCCGUCAGCUUCAAACACAGCGUUCAUCCACCCGACCACGGAGAGAUUCCUCACCUCCACUUCACCCAUCAGGCUUUUCAUUCUGAGACGCCUUGACUGCGGUGCAUCAGCUGCACCGAGCGCCGCAGGCCGAGGGAGGGUCACGCCACCAAGUUCAACUUUCCUCAAAGCGGAUUCUCUUUUUCUUUCUUGGUUUUUGGUGAAUUUUGUUGAACCCGAAUCACUUUAAAACAACAGUUUCCAUCCAACUUUAGAGUUCCAGAGAAAAAUACAAUGUGUAUUAUUAAUUAAAUAAACCAGGUUGCAUGUAGUGGUAAAAAAAAAAUAAAUAAAUAAAAUAAAAUUUAGUUUAAUGAUUUAAUCAAUAGUUUACUAAUUUAAAAGUUCUACUUAAAAAAAAAGUUUGACCAGGAGAUACAAACUUUAAACGUUGAGCACUUUUUGAGUUUUUAUAGAUAGUUAUUUUCGAGAAGACAUCGGUCCACUCCCAGUGAUGUAUUGGUGGGAAAGUCUUGACUUGGAGUCUGAGGAACUCCGGUUUGAAUCCCGGCUUCAGCAGAAAGACAUCUGGUGUGAAAAAAAAAGAGCACAUUGUGCAUCCAUCCAUCUUCCACCGCUUAUCCAGGACCGGGACAUGGUGCAACAAGAGACACAAGGUUUAUAAUAUUUAUCUGAGAUGUUCUGCUCCUGGCAUGGUGGAGCAGUGGUUUGCACGCUCCCUUCACAGGGAGUAAAUCCCAGGUUUGAGUCUGUGACAUUGGAUUGGAGCUGUUAAUAACUCUCAAAGCAGAAGGAGGCAUAUUUAUAAUUUGACAUCUUUGUUAGCCAGUCAAGCUGGAUGUGUGUGACACACUUCCACCAGUCAGAGCCGGUGCUGUGAAGGGGGCGGGGCUUGUGAAUCCAAUCAGACAUUUUUAUUGGCUGCAGAAGGAGACAGUGAAGCAGGAGCUGAUGUGAAAUUAUGUUAAUAGUCAAUUAUUUAGCACAGAUGAAGCGAUAAAGUCAUCUGAAUUAAGUUCUCAUAGCUGCUUCACACAGACUCAUUUACAGGCAUUUACAAAAACCUAUCAAACACAGUUACUUUUUUUUUUGCACAGUGUUUCAGAGAUUUUUAAACAGUAAUUCUGAGUUUAUGCUGCUUUAUGUAACCAUUCUUUAAUUUCACAUUUUAAGUGACCAGUUGUGUUGUGAUAGAAAUAUUUAAUAUUGGAUAUUUGCCACUCCAGCUGAGCGGUUACAGUACAACAAUACAAGAGAUUAUUUGAGGUUUUCUGACUGAUAUCAACCUCUUACUAUUUGUUUUGAAAUGUGGCAACUCCAAGGUAUGUGGUGAACAUAAGGCGAUUUAUGAAAUCAAAAUCAACACAGAAAUUAUGCAAAAUAGAUUUUCUUGCAAUGCCUCUGUUGACAGGAUCCAUGUUCAGAAUCUAUACCAGAGGUGUCAAACAUAAAGCUCCAGAAGAGGCCUGUCAGCAAGUCUCAUGUGGUCCAGAGGAAAGUCUAUGGAGAAACAACUGAGCAUUUCCAAUGAAAGAAACUGCAGUUCCAAACCUGUCCACCAGUUUUAGUUUGAGUAUCAGGAAAAACGAUGCUGACGCCUCGAUCAGUGAUGCAGUUGGGCCAGGCUACUGCAGAUAAGUAGUCUUAGAAAGUUACACCUUUCACUGUUUGAAAGGGCUUUAAAAAAUUGCAUCAUGUUGAAAGAGUAUGAAGAAUUUCUGAUGUUUCUAAGAUUUUGCUUUAAAACAGAGAGAAAAACUGGAAUUUUCUGCUGUUAUUCGCUGAUUUUGCUCGCUGGCACUCUGACUUCAUCUUCAUGAACCUCAAUGAAAAUCAAUUGGAAACCUCUGACUGGUUGAAAUCCAUUUGGUGUGAUAAUUGACUUAGUCUAGAUUCAGUAACAUUGACUGAUCCAGUGCUGUCAGGGUGUUUCUGGUUUCAUAAUCUCAUUGUCUUCCUCAUCUCGCUCAUUAUUUUUCCAGGCUGAUUUUUAAAGAAUUUCUCUGCUGCUUUAGGGUAUUGAGUGUCUCAAGAGGAGUCUGAAAACAUCUCAAAGACAUGAUGUGGUGAUUAUAUGUCAGUACAGUGUAAUGUGGUGAAGCAACUCUCUUUCAAAAAAAAUCUUUGGAUUAUCAAAAAGAAGUUGAACUAGAUGUUCGAUACCUCUAUGAAGAUUACAAAAUCACACAGCAUUUCAUGCGGCGAUGUUUUGCUAAACACUGCAGCAGUUCUGAGGGGCCUGAAAGUACCAGACUGGUCUUUAUUGGAACGUCCUCAAUUUCUAGAAAUGUUUGCACACGUCUCUGUAGAGAAAACAUUUUUUAAAGGCACACUAACAUUUAUUUAAGCACGCUAAUGCUAAUCACGGUUACCAUGAGCAGAAGCUAAUGCUAACACUUAUGUGUUCUUGUUACUUGAGGAUUGAGGCUCCUCCUUCAGUAAACAGGAGUUCAUUGGAAUAGAAAACAUCAAUACAUGUAUCACAAAUUUAUAAAAGUAUGAGCUCAAUGAAAACACUAGUAACUGUAACUAAUUCCAUCCUAGUAGUCAGUUACUAACUCAUUACUGCCAAACGUAGCCACUUUAAACUGCACAACAUGCUAUUUCCAGAAACUGCCUGACUCAAACAUAACAGGAAGCAUUCUGUGCACAUUAGACUAGUUUCAUGGUGGCAACCUAAAUAGACGUACCCCAACGACCCCGAAGAGUCUAGUUCAUUAUGUGAUUCACAACCUGUCUCAUAAAUGAAUAAAUGUCCAUAUUGAUGAGCAGAAACACUAAAAGUAGAGCUCAGCAUGUGAACCAUGCAGAGCAGUGAGGCUGCAGGACCAGGACAGGACAACUCGUGGACAUCAGCACUCAUCCCCAGUUUGUGCAUUGACAGUAUCUUUUGUCUUUAUCUCUCUGAAGAAAA